AUGACUGUUCCAAAUUCCUGUUCUACUAGUUCUAUGACCCACAACAUACCUGAUUCCCCACCACCUUCGUAUAACUCAAUAUCUCGCCAGAGUUCAACUCGGGCUCCGACGAGCGAUAUCUCGAGUAAUGAAGAGACCAAGAACAACGACUCCGGAUCGGCCUCCACCAAGGAUCAAGCGCUCGGCUCUUCCAUCCUUGACGAUGUAUCUGAGGACGAAGUCCGUGAUGUGUCCGAUGGAAAUCCUCCUCCCAUAUCGUUUAGUAUGGGUGCAGUCCCUCCGAGCCAGACGACUGAUCCAAGGAGCGAGGAAACACAGUGGGAAGACGUAGAAGGGGGAAGACCACCGAGGAGACACACAACAGGUCAUCGGGAUAAUGUCGGGGUAGUAUGUUGGUGUGCAGCCUUGAGCAUCAUAGUGACAGUAUUGAUGGUAACACUGACGGUGGAGAGUAUCAGGCACACUUACCGCGUGCAAGAGCUUUAUGCUCAUUCCAAGUCUGGUGUGACGACGAAGGAAGACAUGUCCUCCCCGACGACGGAGAUGUCUGGUCAGGAUUAG